AUGCUGCUCCUGCAACUCUCCCUGCUCGCGCCACUGGUCUCUGCGGCGUGGGGCCAACAAGACUACUAUUAUUACUCCCAUCAGGACUACGGACAGGAUGACCAGUGGGUCAACCUGUUCCGGCAAGGGUUCAACUUCCAGUGUCCCCAUGGGCAGGUGGUGGUGGCCGUGAGAAGCGCGUUCAGCAAGAAGGAAGGAUCGGACCGACAGUGGAACUACGCGUGCAUGCCCACACCGCACGGCCUCGGGGAGCUCACCGAGUGCUGGUGGGAAGAGAUCAAUCGCGCCGGGACAGAAUGGUAUCAGACGUGCUCAAACAAUGGACUCGUGGCCGGAUUCCAGAGUCAAUAUUUUGAAGCAGUGCUGGACCGGGAAUGGCAGUUUUACUGCUGUCGAUACAGCCGCAGAUGCCAGUAUGCCUGCUGGUUGACCCAAGAAUAUCCAGGACACUAUGGUGAAGACGUUGACAUGGUGCUCUAUUCCUAUGGGUAUUACAUCAGGGGGGCACAAACCACCUUCUCUGGCGUGGAAAGAGAUCGUCA